AGGAAAACAGAUGAUGUGAGGGGGGAGGAGAAGGAGGAGCAGAGAGGAGGCAGGCACUCAGUCUGCUUUGCUUCGCAGGAGGAAUCGGCAGCAACAGAAGGACAAUGGACAGCGUUCACCGCGGGUCCUAACGAGCACCGGGCAGCUUCAUCAAGCUGGAAUACAAGGAGGUGAAUGUCAGACAGCUCCAGGAUGCUGCCCCCCUCAUUCAUGCCAACCUGCUAUUCACCACGGGACAUUUGACUCACCAAACAUGAUGAAGACUGAGCCUCCGUCGGCCACGGGAGGCAACGGGGCCUCCGGUGGGAGCAACGGGAGCUCUAAUCUGCGAAGUCCGUCUCCCCACCGCAAUGCCUACGAGGCAGGUCUUGCGGCGCUGAAGAAGGCCACAGACCACCUCAACAAUGCCGCCAAUGGAGGCGCUGACCCUGCCUCAAAACCCGCUCCUCUGCCCCGGCCUACUGGGAGGGGCCGGAAAUAUGGCUCAAAUGUUCACCGUAUCAAGAACAUGUUCAUGCAGAUGCAGUCUCCCGGCGAUGAAGAGGAUGGAGCCAAAAUGAUUGUAGGUAAGGAACAGGCAGUGAAACUGUCCCUGCCGAGGGUAUCCAGCCUCAAUGAGCACGUCGACCACAGCGCCCUGCUGAAACUUGGGGGCACGGUCUCUGAAAGGGUCAACCGUUUUGACUCUAAAGUUGGUAGGGAGGGCAGUGGCUCAUCUGUGGGCUUGUCCAAGCUCCAGGAGACCAGGAGGAUCUUUGAGCAGCGGACUCUGCAGGAGAAACAAGCUGCCACUAACCGCAUCUUGCUGAAGAAAGAGCGGGCGUCAGGCUUCCAGGGCAGCCGUCUAGAUGUUGUGGCUCGCUUUAAUGGGUCCACCGAAGCUCUGGACCGGCUAGAUGAUCCCCCUGUUCCCACCCCUCCUUCUAUUUCGUCUACUGCAGCUUUAGCCGGGCCAGGCGAGGCCGUCAGUCCCACUGUGAGCCAGCUCAGCGCCGCAUUCGAAAAGGGUGACCUGCAAAACAAUCUCUACCUCCCCCAGCGUCGGUCAGCCCCUGCUUUGGCACCAAAACCCAAACCUCCACCCAGGGUGGAAGCAGCAGACAGGAAGACAAAGGUGAUACCUGCAGAUAAGGACGAGAAAGAUGAGGUAAAAGCAGGAGUUAUAAGUAACCAGGCAGCAGAGCUACAUGAAGAAACGGGUUCUCUAGAAAGGAACAUGGAGGGAGCCGCGACCAAUGAAGAGAAGGAUGCAUUUGGACUGUCGGGGGACCAGCUCUCCAACUCUUCCUAUUCCUCCUCUUCCUCAGUGACUGUCACUUCCAUCUCCUCUUCAUCGGAGGCCAAACCAGAGCCGGCAGCAACUGAGGCCAAGGGUUCGAGUACAGAGGAAGCCUCUGGGCUGCAGCCACAGUCUGGCGAUCAGGACAGCGCCACUGCGGGAUCUGAGGCCGCGGGUAGGCUGGUGCAAGCUGAGGUUCAUGCCUCGCUGGAAAAUGGAGAGAAAGAGCCUCCAUCUUCCUCUCCUUCAUCGGAGGAGAAAGAAGAGGACUCUGAGGAGAGGGCCAAAGAAGAUGAGAAUGACGAGGAUGGUUCAAGGAAGGAGGAUUAUUCUGAGGGAGAUCUGAUAGAUAUCAGCGCAUACAGCGGGCUUGGGGAGGAGGACUCUGGGGGAAGCCAGCUGGACGAUGAGGACGACGAAGACGAGGAGGAGGCAUAUCAGCCAGAGUCCAGCUGCUCAGAAAUCCCUGGCCUUCCUGAGGAAGAGGAGCCUCCGCCACCCAGUAGAAAGAUUCGCUUCAGCACUCAGCCAAUCAGAGUCUUUACCACCUACUCUAAUGAAGAUUACGACCGACGUAAUGAUGACGUUGACCCCAUGGCAGCGUCAGCUGAGUACGAGCUGGAGAAGAGGGUCGAAAAGUUGGACCUGUUUCCCGUCGAGCUGGAGAAAGACAGUGACGGCCUCGGUAUCAGUAUCAUUGGUAUGGGUGCAGGAGCUGAUAUGGGCCUGGAGAAGCUGGGGAUCUUUGUUAAGACGGUCACUGAGGGCGGAGCUGCGCAGAGAGACGGCAGGAUCCAGGUGAAUGACCUCAUAGUGGAGGUUGAUGGGACCAGCCUGGUUGGUGUUACUCAGAGCUUUGCUGCCACUGUCCUCCGCAAUACCACCGGCAAAGUCAGGUUUGUGAUUGGCCGGGAGAAGCCGGGGGAACAGAGUGAAGUGGCUCAGCUGAUCCAGCAGACUCUGGAACAGGAGAGGUGGCAGAGAGAGAUGAUGGAGCAGAGAUACAAACAGUACAUGGAUGAUGAUGAGGAGACAGGUGAAUAUGCGACAGACGAGGAGGAGGAGAUGAGUCCGAUGUUUCCGAACUCGAUAGAGGUUUUCGAUCUGGCAGAAAACCAGGAAAUGCUGUCGCCUGUGGAGCUGGACCCAGAGAAACUGGCCCACAAGUUCAAAGAGCUCCAGAUUAAACAUGCAGUAACCCAGGCUGAGAUCCAGCUGCUCAAGAGGAAGCUGGCUCACGCAGAGCAGGAUAAGUUGCGUUGGCGGAUGGAGCGUGCUCAGUUGGAGCAAAAUAUCCGGGACAGUAAAGAGAGGAUGGAAAAACUUGAGGGCUACUGGAUGGAGGCACAGUCUCUAUGUAAGGCUGUGGAUGAACACCUGAAGGAAACUCAGGCUCAGUAUCAAACCCUGGAGAGGAAAUACAGCAAAGCCAAGAGGCUGAUCAAAGAAUACCAGCAGAAGGAGAUCGAGUACCUGAAGAAAGAGACUGCUCAGCGUCGGGCACAAGAGGAGAGCGAGGCAACACACAAAGAGGAGACAGACAACCUGCAGGAAAAGAUUACAGACUUGGAGACCAAAGUGGAUGCCUUGAAGACCCCCAAUCCCUCCUAGACUGCUGCUACUUCCUGCCUCCUGUCUGCGACUGAAGGAGGAGGAGCUCCCCCAUCCUCCCCCAUCAUCCUACCGCAGGGGGGCUGUAAUUUAUUCCAAUCAACCAUUCACUGCAACGGACAGGUAGCAGAGGAGGGAAAAAAUCCCAGCAAGUAGAAGAGAGGACCUCUCAUGUGGCAUCUGCCAGUGGCUUAGUGCUCCGUCAGUCAACAACAAAUCCCAGAAUGCACCUUCUGUCAUAUCCAGAAUCCUCCUUUUGUGUCUUCCUGGCAACUGGCUUGGCAUUCAACCCGGAAACCAUAUUCAGCAACUCAGUUUGUAGACGAUGUGUUUUCUCCUCUCUUUAGCAGCAUCUUACCCAGGUUCUGUGAAUAAAUCCGAUUUAUUAAAAACAAAAGGCGCUUUUAAUAACCAGGCUCGUCACAAAGUGCUUUAUAGAGCGACAGAGGGAAUGAAGCAGAGCAAAAGGGACAAAAGGACUGCUGUUAUACGACCUUUGAGAGAAGAGGACGAGCGUGUUCUCUGCCCGUGGCGAUGCUCGUUUUCAUCUGAAACUACCAGGAGAAGCGGUGACCUUAUUUUUAGAGACACGACACCUUUCAAGAAGUGGAACCUCGGUAGUAAGACUCGACAAAACUCUGAUGGCCACCGCACCGCCCAUUAGCGAAGUAAUAAAAACUAUGGAGCAAGAUGGCCUCCGUGUUUCAAAACUGUCAAAGCCCAGCUUUUUGCUUUCUUUUUUCUGACCUAACUCUCUGCAAACGGUGGUAUUAGUAAAGAAGAAGUGUGCGUUUCAGGUCUGAACUACGUGGCGUAAUGUUUGUAUAUAUUCUAUACAUUUAUUUAAAAGUGUUAAAGUGGCUUAAGCAAUUAGAUGGAUCUGGAAUCUAAGAGUGAGGCGGUGACGCCUUACUGUGGAGGGAAUGGUUCAGUAGUCCUCAGUCUGUUUCAUCUCUUUUCUCUCAGCAUCAAUGGCAAACAGGGUGUGAAUAGUCUAAUUUGUGCUUGUAGAACUUCUAAUUGUGUAUAUCUGUUGGUGUUUACUAUAUACUCUGUGGGUUUACAUGCACACAAACCUGCUUUCAGGUCAGCCGUGCACUAUAUUCUCACGUGUAGGAAGGCUUCCUUUCUCGUUUUAGAAUAUACUCUUAGCUCGC